CAGUGGUUUCCUCUGAUUCGUGGACGAUUUCUGCCACUAUGUCGGAGACCGCGCCUGUUGCCGCUCCCGCUGUCUCAGCUCCCGGUGGCAAGGCCGCCGCCAAGAAGCCGAAGAAAGCAGCCGGCGCCUCCAAAGCUCGCAAGCCCGCCGGCCCCAGCGUCACCGAGCUGAUCACCAAGGCUGUGUCUGCCUCCAAGGAGCGCAAGGGGCUCUCUCUCGCCGCUCUCAAGAAGGCGCUGGCCGCCGGAGGCUACGAUGUGGAGAAGAACAACAGCCGCAUCAAGCUGGGGCUUAAGAGCCUCGUCAGCAAGGGCACCCUGGUGCAGACCAAGGGCACCGGUGCCUCCGGUUCUUUCAAAUUAAACAAGAAACCGGGUGAGACAAAGGAGAAAGCAACUAAGAAAAAACCAGCAGGCAAGCCGAAGAAGCCCGCGGCUAAGAAACCCGCCAGCGCGGCCAAGAAACCCAAGAAAGCGGCAGCAGUGAAGAAAAGUCCUAAGAAAGCGAAGAAGCCGGCAGCUGCUGCGGCUAAAAAGGCAGCCAAAAGCCCGAAGAAAGCCGCCAAAGCAGGUCGUCCAAAGAAGGCAGCAAAGAGCCCGGCCAAGGCAAAGGCAGUGAAGCCCAAAGCAGCCAAGCCUAAGGCGGCCAAGCCCAAAGCAGCUAAGGCAAAGAAGGCGGCGCCCAAGAAGAAGUAAAACUGAGGAGAAAUUAGUCUACUCAUUUUAAUAAACCCAAAGGCUCUUUUAAGAGCCACCCACUUAUUCUCAAAAAGAGCUGGAACACCACAGCAACCACAGCACCAAAAGCAAAUAAUUAGUUUCGAACAGGUAUCGGAAUUAAUUCUAAAGUAGGGCGCGCGCGAUCGGUACAGCCUUGGGGUACUCGGGCUUCCUUAAAACAGGAAGUUUUACUACGUGCGAUUCGGGAAUUCGGCGAUAGCUGCGGUCUCUCUCUUCGCCCCGCCCCCCAGUAAUUGCCCGGCGCACCUCUAGCUGCGGCGCCCGGGGGAGUUUAAAAGUCCCGCGCUGGACUUGCAUUGGUUCCUUCUGCUCCUGGGCCUCGAGUCCCGCCCCCAUGGGCGGUGGCGACUGCCCCCUCCAUUCCCGUCUCUUCCGUCACGGCUCCGGGUUCCCUCCCCCUACACGGGGACCGAGGGACGGUUCCCCUGCUCACGGGCUGCGUUAAGUUUGGAGGGAGAGAGUAAAUGGAUCGGCGACAGGGAAACCUAAGGGCCGUGUCCCUCCUCUGCCUUGGCCCUGUUGCAAAAGGCAGUUCAGGCAGUUCAGAAAAGGCAGCACAGGGUACCAGGGGCGGAACGGGGGCGGCAGGACAGCCCUCCAUCUUACGUAUCAUCCCACCUCUCCCUGCAGCUUUUUUUUUUUUUUUUUUUUUUUUUAAAGAGCUGUCUCCUGCCCAAGAUUUGGGCGUUGAGUUUUUAAGCCGGAAAAUCCUUGCUAUA